AUGCGUAGAAAAGCUGAAAUGCAUAUUGCAGAGCUUAAUAUAAAGUAUCAGAUGGCCACUGCCGAGCUUACUUCUCUUCGAGAAGAAUUACAAAGAACAGCUCUUUUGACUUCAGCUGGGGCCAAUUCUUCUCGGUACACAGAUCAAGUAGCUGCCGUGAGCUCUGGUCUAGAGAACGAAAAUAGUCUCGAAUAUGCAGGUAUCUACGAAUUAACGAAAUGUAUCCCUCUCUCCAAUGGAAAUUGUCGCGUAAUUGCCCCAUACGGCUCACUUAAUGUGCUAUGCGUUUCACAACCUACAACUAAUCCCAUUUUUAAAGGAUUUGGAAUAAGAAAGGUAUGUUUAUGUUUAAGUAUAUAUAUUUAUUGUUUUAAUUUAGGUAUAUGCAUAAGCACACCAUUGUAUAUGGCUGGCUUCUUUGGAAGAUUAUUUGUAUCACCGCCUUUUUAA